AGGAAGGACACACAACAAAGGCUCCCCGGCCGGAGCCGAACCCGCGUGGUAGAAUGUGAUGCACUCACUGUAACCACUCGGUUACCAUGGCGCUUCAGCGUACUCGGGGUUUUUACCGGUCACUUUAUUAUCUUUUUUUUAAUGAACAUGGUGGGAGGAGGUGCCACCAUAAGGUCCGCGCUCACAGACUAGAGCCUUUAAGUCGUACUCGGCUGACGCAACGCUCCCAGUUCGGCGGCGGCUCAUGUGGUCAGUGGACAAUGUGACUUUAUUAGCUGCUAACACACACUUUAUUUUGACCCAAAAUGGCGGAGACUUUCACCCUGUUUGUCCUGUGUGGCAUGCUGAUGUGUGGUCUGCUGCUCCACACGGCGUCCCAACAUGGAGACAGUGUUAAUAAACCCAGUAAGAAGCCCAAUUUCAUCAUCAUACUGGCAGAUGAUAUAGGCUGGGGUGACCUGGAUGCUAACCAGCCUGAAGAGAAGGCAAACAACACGCCUUACCUCAACCUGAUGGCUGAGCAAGGACAAAGAUUAACAGACUUCCAUUCUCCUGCCUCUACCUGCUCCCCGUCCCGCGCUGCCAUCCUGACGGGCCGCUACGGGCUGAGAAACGGGGUGACUCAUAACUUUGCUGUGGACUCUGUGGCCGGUCUGCCUCUGUCUGAAGUCACCAUGCCCCAGCUCCUACAGAAGGCAGGAUAUUACACCGCCAUGAUUGGAAAAUGGCAUCUUGGCCACAAUGGACCAUAUGGUCCAACUAACAGAGGUUUUGACUACUACCUAGGUAUUCCUUACAGUAAUGAUAUGGGCUGUACUGACAUACCUGGAUAUAACUUGCCACAGUGUCUUCCCUGUGACUCAACUGGACCUCAAGUGAUCAGAUUGAAGAGGAGUGUACAUGGAGGCUGUUAUUCCAAAGUGGGCCUUCCUCUGAUUGAAAACAGCACUAUUGUGGAGCAGCCGCUUGACCUGUGGACACUAACAGAGCAAUACAAAUCUGCUGCAACCAGGAUUAUACACGAUGCAAGGGAGCGAGGACAGCCCUAUCUGCUCUACAUAGCGUUGGCUCACAUGCAUGUUCCCCUGGCCCCUAAGCUCCGCCCAGAUGCCUCUGCCACCACCCGUCACCGACUUGAUGGCGAAGUUUACGCUGCCAGCCUGCAAGAGAUGGACAGCCUGGUGGGGGCGGUAAAGAGCGCCUCUGAUGACACAGACAAAGACAACACUCUCAUCUGGUUCACUGGUGAUAACGGUCCUUGGGAACAGAAGUGCCAGUACGCAGGAAGUGCAGGACCUUUCAUGGGAAAGUGGCAGACCAGCAGAGGUGGGGGCUCAGCUAAACGGACCACCUGGGAGGGAGGUCACAGGGUGCCCACUGUGGCUUAUUGGCCCGGGAGGAUCCCUGCAAACACCACCAGCUCCGCCCUGCUCAGUGGUAUGGACAUCUUCCCAACCCUUCUGUCCCUGGCAGGGUUAACUCCGCCCUCAGACCGAAGAUAUGACGGCAUUGAUGCCACAAAUGUCCUCCUGCACGGUGAACAGACAGGUCAUGAGUUUCUCUUCCAUCCGAACAGUGGUGCUGCGGGGAAGUUUGGUGAUCUGCAAACAGUUCGAACAGGGAAACACAAAGCUUUCUACAUAACAGGUGCAGCCGAGGCGUGUGGUGGUGCAACAGGAGGGCAGCAGCUCCAUGACCCGCCGUUGAUAUUUGAUCUGGAGCGUGACGAGGCUGAGGAAACACCCCUGGAGUUCAAGACACCUGAGUACCAGGCGCUAUCAGAGAAGAUCACCCGCAGGAGGGAGGAGUUAUUAUGGGACAUCGCCACCGACAAGACAGUCUCCACAGCAGACUACAGAGUGGACCAAUCAGCAGCGCCCUGCUGUGACCCUAGGCAGGCUGUUUGCCGCUGCCAUGCGCUGGGCUGAGGGGGUGGGAAACCACACACACACACAACACUCACACAAUAGGCUGAGAGAGAAGCAAACAGUUGUGGAGACAAAUAUCUCCUUUAGAUGUGCUUGGCUGUUUGUUUGUAGAGCGUGUUUUUGAGGUUCAACGUCCAGAUGCAGCAGGAGAUGUGCAAACAAACAGAGAACAAACAGAUGCAGGAGGUUGAACUUUGGCCAGCUGAUAUUGUGAGGUUAAUAAUUUGGGAGAAAAAUAAGAUUAAUCAGCAGUAAACUACGAUUUAUGAAUCAAUCCGUUACAGUGUCAGUUGUUAAUUAAUGUUUGUUGAUGUCCAAAACUAUUUUUAUUGGAUAUUUGAUAAGAUUUAUUUAUUAGUAAGAUAAAUUAUGCAUGAAAAAAUCUAAACUAGACCAUGCAGAGGGUGAAUCAGUUCUCAGUUUAAUGAGUCUCUGGUGUAAAUGUCCAGUAUUGAACAGCUUCAAUGUAGCGUAAGGGUGUCCUAACAGCGCCACCUUUUGGCAAAUCAAAUGGUAUUACCAUGUUACUUAUUACAACAGUACUAUAUAUAAAUGUUAUAUACAUUAUACACACAGUAAAAAUUCUUAAUAUGCAUUGAUGUGUAAUACUUAAAACAUUUUUGCAAAAGAAUAUUUAAUACAUCAAAGUAAAAAUGACUAUGCAUGUUAACAUACUGUAUUCAGCAUCAUGUAGUAAAUAAAAAGGUCUUCAGGAUAUCGAUGAAAUUCAAGGACCUGUAACUCUUGUUUACAGCUUCAACAUCAAGCUUUUCACAGUUAGCUGUUGACUCCUCCACAUACUGUUUAUUAUCAGGUUACAUUUGUGACUCCGCUCAACUAUCACUACCAGAAUUAGUAUGACAGCUGCAUCUGCAAGUCAUAUAAUACCUACUGCAUGUAUCAUGAUUUAAAUAGUGAAUCGCUCUUGCGGCAUCUUUUCCUUCGUAAGUGAACUACUGCUCCUCUUUGUUGAGGCGUGUUACAUUAAAUGCCCAUUGAUAAGCUCCCAGAUUCCUGAGGCCACAUUAGCAAAAAUGCCCUCAUGAUAUGUUACUAUGAGAGUUCAGAGAGGCAAAUGAGGAAAAAAACUCUGGUCUUAUCUUAAUUGUUUUCUCUCCUGUGUUUAUGACUUGAGAAGAGGGGAACAAAAGGGUUUCCCAGGAUAAUCUUU